AUGUCGGAAGGAGUAUUUCCAGUGAUCAAAUUGCCAAAUAAUUGUAAGCACAUUUCGUACAUAAAGUCGAAGAUCAUAAGUGAACUGUUACAGCUGAGUCACUUCGACGUGGUUGAUAAUGACAGGAAUAAGUGUUUCGUUCCCGGCUGCCAGGGGUCUGAUGUGAAGCAGUUGAAGACGUUUGCCCUAAUGGGAUACCCUCCGCUACGAACUUAUUACGCAAUUAACUAUAUCGGACUGGGACUUUAUCCACUCAAAAACGUUGAUAUAGAUGACUGGUACACUGCUUAUAUUCCCCUCAAUUUGCGCCAUUUUACCGAUAAUUUUUCAAUUAAGCAUUUUUUACUUAAGAUCAUAAGGAACCCACGCCUCUCAGAUGAUGAUUUCUCAAAAUUUCGUAAUUACAUAACCGGGAACUCUGAUCUGUCUUCAGCUGUUAUCAAUAACAAAGACCAGCCCCCUGCAGACGCAGCUACAACUGACCAUAAAGAUGAGGGACUGAUGAUAACUCCAUCAUGUAUGUACGCAACAAAACCAGAAAUAUCUAGCAUACUAACUUUUGAGGAGUUGGACGUAAAGUUACAAAUUCUAAUACAAAUUAAGACCAAACCCGACUCAUAUACUACUUCACCAAAUUCAAUCACGCUAAACGAAAAUUUUGAUUCGUGUUUCCCCAACUCCGAAAUAGAAUGGUAUGUAAAGAAUGUUGAUGAUAUAAUUGCUGAGCGUUUAUUAUUUAAAAUUCACCCAAUUAAGCCGAACAAUAAUUCUGGUAACAAGCUCAACCAAACUGCUGCUUCUACCCCAAAUGCUAAUAAAUCUAGUACAACUAAUGGUGCGGGUGGUGGCACGAACAUUGGAACAGUAAUGUUAUUGGCUGAGAAUGAACAAAUUGGAUUUGAGUUGAGUAAGGAAGCAGGAUUUAAUGACCUGAAGGAUUUGUACAAACUGGACUGUUCAGCAGAUUCUCUUUUUUACUGGAACGAAUCUUUGAUACUUAAGCUUAGAUGGACUGAGAAGCAAAACAAACUUCUGUACUACCUGAAGACGUUGAUUAGCGGGAAGAGCAUUGAGUGGGGAAAGGAGUUGAAGGUUUGGAGGAUUUCUUCAAAGUUCCUGUUUGAAACAGUUAAGUUCUGUGUAUUUCUAGGUCUUAAGGUGGAGAGUAAAGUGCUGUUCGACGUCUGGAGGUGGUUGGUUGGCGCGGGAAUUUCCACGCCGUCUGAGUUUGACGCGAGAGUAUUCACUAAGUGGUUGUCGGACUAUGGUGUUUUCUCGUUUCUCAGGGUGGCGAUUAACUUUACCGAAGAACCCUUGACUGCCUCCAUUUUGCCUUACAACAAGGGCCUUAUAACAGUCUUUAAGGAAAGCAACAGACAAAAUUAUGUUUGGGACAAAGAUCUUAGUUGUUGGAGAUUCAACAGUGUCUCGGACCUCCUAAGAGACCUGCUAUCAGUUAAUUCUGCAUUCAGAGAAAGUAGCUCCUCAGAGCGCCAACUAAUGGAAUCAAAAGGCUUUUAUAUCGACUCCAUCAAAGAUGAAUUGCAACAGUCAAACAAAUCAACAAAUUAUCACAAAUCAGUCUAUCAGAUCAAGCAGAAAAAUGGAGUAUUAAAAAGGAAGAGAAGAGAAUACGAAGAAGAUGACGAGUUUGUAACUAAGAUCAUGAUAACAGUUGCCGGGAAUGAUGAUCAUUUACAACGUCUAAUUGAUAAAGUUAAAUCAGUUGUUGAGAAGAUAUCACCUCCGUUAAGUAGUAUAUCAUCCACUGGGAAAAUAGUGAUGGGAGGAACAGGGACCGGAGGGAUUGAGUUUCUCCAGGUCCCAACUGACCUCGACACCUGGAACCAGGUUUCCAUGUGCGUAGUCCCAAAUGAGGAAAACAAACAAAUUCCAGUCAAUAAAUAUGACCACAACGUAUACUCAUACUUACUAGUAGUAGCAUCAUUAGUUUUAAUGGCAAGCUUAAUCGGGGAUGUGUUUAUAGUCAAAGAAUCUGCAAUCGAUUAUCUUUUGGACAAUUUUAAAACUUGGCCCGGACCACAUGAUUCAAUCAAUUAUACCAAAUGGAGCCAUAUUAUUAAUAUAAGUGAGCCUAGAUGCUGGGGAGGUCUAGAUUUUGAUGGUAGACAAAGCUUAGCACAGACUGGUUUAUUUGAUAAUGAAGAUUUCUAUAUUUCCGGUUCAAAUAAUGAUUCAACAUUUCCCUUGGUCAUCCCCUACAAGGGGUCCUUUAGUAAUCUACUAAUUCUACAGCUAUUUAAAACUACUAGUUAUCUAGUUAUUUUGUCACACCGAAGUACAGAUUUAAAUAGUUAUUUGUUACUAAGAAUAAAAAUGAUUAAUAUUAUUAUAUUUAUAACCCCUUUUAUGAAUAUAUACAAGAUGUUGAUAAUGUUAGGGUGCGGUAAUAUCGUAACAAAUCCUAAAGACGCAGAGUAUGUUAUCAUCACGGAUAAAGACUCGACCGAAGCUAAAGAUCUUUUUCAUAAUAUAAUUUGUAGAAAGUUUGGAAAUAAUGAUGAAGAUUUGAUAUCAAUAACCCAUGGAGCGAGACACUCAACAUUAGUGACACCCAAGUACAUUUACGAUUGUAUUCUAGAGUGGAAACUUAAGAGACCAACCCACUCCCUCGGCCAUAUGGCAUUCUAA